GCCCGCUAUGGCGGCGGUGUUGAGGCGGGGGGCCGGGAUGCGGCGCUUUUGACUGAGAGGGCGGCCGACGGGGCCGUCGCGGGCGUCGCGCGGCGCGGAGAGGACCGGCCGCGGCGCCGGGGACGCUGUCAUGUACGGCGCGGGCGGGGGCCGCGCCAAGGCCGAGCGCAAAGGCGGCGCCAAGGAGGAGGCCGGGCCCGGCGGCGCGGGCGGCGCGGGCAGCCGAGUGGAGCUGCUGGUGUUCGGCUAUGCCUGCAAGCUCUUCCGGGACGACGAGCGGGCCCUGGCGCAGGAGCAGGGACAGCACCUCAUCCCGUGGAUGGGGGACCCCAAGAUCCUGAUCGACAGAUAUGACGGGCGUGGUCACCUGCAUGACCUCUCUGAGUACGACGCCGAGCAUGCCACGUGGAACAGAGACUACCAGCUGUCCGAAGAGGAGGCACGAAUAGAGGCCCUGUGUGAUGAAGAGAGGUAUUUAGCCUUGCAUACGGACUUGCUUGAGGAGGAGGCAAGGCAAGAGGAAGAAUACAAGCGGUUGAGUGAGGCGCUAGCUGAGGAUGGGAGCUACAAUGCCGUGGGGUUCACUUAUGGCAGUGACUAUUACGACCCGUCAGAGCCGACGGAAGAGGAGGAGCCUUCCAGACAGAGAGAAAAAAAUGAGGCAGAAAAUUUGGAGGAAAAUGAAGAACCUUUCAUUGCCCCUUUGGGAUUGAAUGUCCCGUCUGACGUGGAGCUGCCUCCGACAGCCAAAAUGCAUGCCAUCAUCGAGCGCACUGCCAACUUUGUGUGCAGGCAAGGGGCACAGUUUGAGAUAAUGCUGAAAGCCAGGCAGGCGCGGAACUCUCAGUUCGACUUUCUGCGCUUCGACCACUACCUCAACCCCUACUACAGAUUCAUCCAGAAGGCCAUGAAAGAAGGGCGCUACUCAGUGCUGGCGGAGAGCAAGGGUGAAGAGGGGAAAAAAUCAGGCACCGACUCUGACAAUGAGGAGGAUGACGGGGAAGAUGGGAACUACCUGCACCCAUCCCUCUUUGCCUCCAGAAAGUGUGACCGCCUGGAGGAGCUGGUGAAGCCCCUGAAGGUGGUGGACCCAGAUCACCCCCUGGCAGCGCUGGUCCGCAAGGCACAAGCCGACAGCUCUGCCCCCACCCCACACACGACAGAUGGUGCCGCUGGGCAGCCCUCCCAGGUGGAGUACACGACGGAUUCUACGGUGGCAGCCAUGUAUUACAGCUACUACAUGUUACCGGAUGGCACCUACUGUCUGGCCCCACCUCCGCCCGGGAUUGACGUGACCACUUACUAUAGCACCCUUCCCGCCGGUGUGACCGUGUCCAGCUCCCCUGGAGUGACGACUACAGCCCCACCGCCUCCUGGGACCACACCUCCACCCCCUCCCAGCACAACCGACACAAGCAGCGGGCCAGCCGCCACCACCACCACCACCACCACCACCACCGCAGCUGCCACCUCCGUCUCCUCCACCUCCACCACAAGUGCACUUGCCCCCUUGGCUGCCAUCAUCCCCCCGCCCCCUGACAUCCAGCCUGUGAUUGACAAGCUGGCAGAGUACGUCGCUAGGAAUGGCCUGAAAUUUGAGACCAGCGUGCGUGCCAAGAAUGACCAGAGGUUUGAGUUCCUGCAGCCGUGGCACCAGUACAACGCCUACUAUGAGUUCAAGAAGCAGUUCUUCCUGCAGAAGGAAAGGAGCAGUGGUCCACAGGCUGUGUCAACACCAGAAGAGGCCCCUGCAGAAUCUGCUGCUGACAAGUCCCAUGAUGGCGGGGAGGACGGAGCCCCAGAGGGCACGGCUGACGUGGGAGGCAGAGGAAGCUCCUCCGGGAAGAGAGAAGUGCCACCUGGCAAAACCCUGGCUGACGGGAAACUGGUAAAAGCUUCAUUUGCUCCAAUAAGCUUUGCCAUCAAGGCCAAGGAGAAUGACCUCCUGCCUCUAGAGAAGAACCGAGUGAAGCUUGAUGAUGACAGUGACGAGGGCGAGGAGAGCCCUGAGGGCCCAGAGAGCUCGGCCAGCACCUCGCACCCACAGCCAGCCGCCACCCCGCCACGUGCGCUCUCGGAGGAAAAGAAGCCCCAGCUGACCCAGGAGGAGCUGGAAGCAAAGCAAGCCAAACAAAAGCUGGAGGACCGGUUGGCCGCUGCUGCCCGGGAGAAGCUUGCCCAGGCUUCCAAGGAAUCAAAGGAGAAGCAGCUGCAGGCAGAACGCAAGAGGAAGGCAGCUCUGUUCCUACAGACCUUGAAGAACCCCCUCCCUGAGGCAGACACCGGCAGGACAGAGGACAGUGCUGCCAGCAUGGAGGAAGCCAGUGCUGCGCCGAGUCCUCUCUUGGCGGGAGGCAGACCACUCCCUGCUUUGGAUGCCGACACCCCUGAGAGGCCUUCCAGCAGGAGCAGAGAUGCACCAAGAGAAGAAGAGAGAGAAAAGAAAAAGAAGAAGCACAAAAAAAGGUCCCGAACAAGAUCACGUUCUCCCAAGGGCCACUCGUCCUCCAGGUCUGGGUCCAGGUCCCACUCCAAAGCAAAGCACUCUCUUCCCAGUGCCUAUCGGACGGUGCGGAGGUCAAGGUGGGUGUGCAGGUCUCGCUCCCGAUCUCCUCGAAGGAGAGCUCACUCUCCUGAGAGACGGCGAGAGGAACGGAGCAUCCCCACUGCCUACCGAAUGAGCAGCAGCCCCGGGGCCAGCAGGAAACGGACCCAUUCCAGGAGUCCCCACGAGAAGAAAAAGAAGCGGAGGUCACGGUCGCAGACCAAGUCGAAGGCCCGCUCACCCUCGGGGUCCCCCAGGAGGCAGGCGGCACACCGGCCUGCAGCCCACGCCACCCACUCGGCCCACUCGGCCAGCAUCUCUCCUGUGGAGAGUCGUGGCUCCAGCCAGGAGCGCUCCAGGGGAGUCUCUCAGGAAAAGGACGGGCAGAUCUCCUCCGCCAUCGUGUCCUCGGUGCAGAGCAAGAUCACUCAGGAUCUCAUGGCCAAAGUAAGAGCAAUGCUUGCGGCUUCCAAAAAUGUGCAGACCAGUGCCUCCUGAGACAGCCACCUGCCACGGGGCCCAGCCUGGCACAGCGAGCCUGGCACAGCGAGCGCAGGGGCCAUGCUGGGCCGCAGCCCCAGACCACUGAGGUCCCAGCAUGGGGAGGAGGGAGGCUGAGGAGCUACGGACUGUGUGGAGCACGCCAGACUCACACCUGGGACCCUGUGGACAGUGGGUGGUUUUUGUAAAUUAAUUUUUGAUGACAUUUUCAGUUUAAGACUUUUUGACCAGCAAUCUCUUACCUGUAUAUUUGUAAAUAAUAUCAUGUUUCUGUGAAAAUGUAUUAUCAAAUAAAAUGGGAGGAAACCACCUUUUCUAGCUAGAACCUUGGGGUAGCUUCUUCCUUCAUUGCUUGAGGGCCUCGCUCCCACCCUUUGUCGUCCAUUCAAUGCAGCUGCGCAGUGCAGGGGCAGCUGUGAGGUCUGCCCGGGCAGGGCAUGCCCUCCCCACCCUGGCUGCAGCCCCCACACGCCAUGGGCUCCUGUGGGGUUUCUUGAUUGACCAAGUCAUGUGACGCUUAGGACCCUAGCUGUUGAGGCCUCGCCUCUUGGUACCCACAUGCUGGGCACAUAAGGUGCUGGUCCUGAUGUCAGGGGACCCU